AUGGCGGACCUCCGCACCGACGAAACCUCGCCGUUCCUCCAACGGCCCCCGGCAACAGCAAGAUCCCGCGAUACUUCCCCGGCAGCGUCGGCGGCGUCGGCGUCACGCAAGCUCACCCUCUUCAACGGCCUCGCAAUCGUUAUCAGCCUACAAAUCGGCUCGGGGAUCUUCAGCGUACCCUCGCAAAUUAGCCAAUUUGUCACUGCUCCAGGAUACGGCCUCUUGGCCUGGCUUUUUGGUGGUCUUCUCGUCUGGACGGGCGCCGCCUCCUUCAUCGAACUUGGGUUACGCAUCCCCAAUAAUGGCGGCAUCCAGGAAUACCUGCGGGCCUGCUACGGCGAGUUCGCCGGGUUCUUGUUCACCUGGGUCUGGUGCACCAUCAUCAAGCCCGCGGCGAACUCAAUGAUUGCGACAAUUUUCGCGGAUUAUCUGACUGAGGCCUUUGUGGCCGACCAAGAGACGCUGCCGCCUUGGGUAUCAAAGGUGGUGGCGGCGAGCUGCAUCGUGACCAUGACACUGGUUAAUUGCCUGGGUGCGACCGCGGGCGCAAAAGCGGCCAACUUGUUUCUCUUUUUAAAGAUGACGGCUCUGACUAUCAUCAUCGUCCUUGGCUGCGGCGUCUGGGCCUUCGGUCACGGAGAGGGUGUCCCCUCAUCCGAGUAUGGAUGGUUUGGCCAGGCUCCUGAGCAGCGAGAAAUCAGUCUUUGGGAGUGGCUCGGUGAUUUUGGAACGGCAACGUUUGGAGCUCUCUGGUGUUAUGCCGGCUGGGAAAUGGUUGGCUUUGUCUUGGGAGAUAUGAAAAAUCCAAGGAGAGAUCUGCCCCUCGUGAUUAAUGGCUCCAUGAUUGUGGUGAUCAUCGGCUUCAUGCUGAUGAAUGCGGCUCUGUAUGUCUGCCUACCCAUGAGCGUCAUGCGGACAAGCAGCACCGUCGCAGUGGAGUUCGCCAACAGGAUCCUUGGAACUUGGGCUGGGCUUCUCUUUUGCGUGAUAGUGUCCAUUUCGGCAAUGGGUGCUUUGAACUCCAACGUCUUUGCGACCGCCAAGCUCGUCGUUGUUGCCAGUCAGAGGGGAUAUUUCCCUGCGAUCCUGGCAAAUCUGCACUGUUACCACGAAAAAGACGAGGCUGUGUGUGUCGACGAAUAUCUUUCGUCUACGCCGAGACUGGUCCGAGGACCUAUCAAGGGCUUCUUAUCCUGGACCCAGAAUCGUCGGUGGAGGAGAAACGUGCCACUGCUCCCCCUUAUGUUGAACUGUGCCUUGUCAAUCGUAUAUGUAGGUGUCGGAAGCUUCAAUGGGCUCGUUACUUUUAUUGGUUUGGCGGCGUAUAUGAUCUUCUUCUCCUCAGCCGUUGGCCUCAUACUUCUCCGUAGAAGAGACGGCCGCGUACCGGGGGCGAAGGCUGCCGAGUAUAGCACUUGGCUCAUCAAUCCUGUCAUCUUUAGCGCCAUCAGUGGCCUGUUGGUCGUCAGAGGAGUCAUCUCUGAACCUCUGCAGGGAGGGGCUAUUCUUUUGGUCGCCUUGCUCGGCAUCGGCUUCUUCUCGCUCAGGUUUGGCUUGCGCGGCUUCACCUACGCAGAGACCGGAUGA